CAAUCUGACACGUGGUUUUUUACAGAGAGUAAGCGAGAAAAGAAUCGGCUAUUUUUUGUAUAUUUUUGAACAAAACAAAUAAAUACAAAAAACGCAUCAAGUUUGCGCAGUUCAGAUUUACAGUCACAGCGUGUUAUGGACAAUUGCUUCGACUAGUUUGUCCAAAAAAUAAUCAAAACAAAGACGGCUAAUAUAGAAUAUUACGUUUAUUUCAUCCAUAGUUUAAACAUCCAUAUAUAACAUCUGUCUUAAAAUAAAUCCAUAAAACCCGUUACUUGUUACAGUUUAUAUCCCCUUUUAUGAUAGUUUUGCCAUUUUUCGUAAAUAAAUCAUUGUCAAAAAAGAAUGACAGUCGGAGGCACCAAAGAAGGCAUGUUUCCGCAUCAUUUGAAUUUAUUGAACAAAACGCGCCUUCAGGAAAUUUUAUCAGAGGUUGAAAAUCAUAAGAAACGUCUCAGUUCAUUAGAAGAAUCACAAAAAGAGCCUGAAAUUCCAAAUUUAGAAGAAAUUGCGAAAGAUAUUGGAGCAGAAAAUUUGGAGAACAUUCUAGAUCACAUUGGUGAAAAAUCAAGCGAAGAGCCAGAAGAAAAAGAAGAACAAAUUCCACCGUCUCAAAUUUUUUCAGCAACUGAAGCAAAAUUGAAAGAAUUCAAGGAUUGUUACGUCGAGGAAAUCGAUGCUUGGAAAGCUAUUAACGAAGAGAUUUCCGGGAAAAUAGAAAAUUUGGAAGGAUUAUGUCAAAAACAGGCCGAGAUAAUUGAGGCUACUCAAUCUAGUCUAAAUUCUGAACAGAUUAAGAGACACAAGAGCGAACACCUGUUGAAAAUAAUCCUCAAGCAUAAUCCCGCAUUGACUCAGAUACAUAUCGAAAACACUGUUCAAAACAAAGAAAUCACUACAAACGAAAGAGCUGAAAAUGAUCUGAAUGCUGAAGCUAAAAACGACGAAGUGCUUACAAGAAACGAAAAAGCAACGAAUGGAUACCAAGGUGAAAUAUCUGCUUUGAAGGUCAAAAUUAAACAGCUCACUGGCCAACUCGAAACUGAACAAGAUAAAAUCACAAAGCUCCAGGAAAUAAUCACCGAAUAUCAUCAAGAAAAAGCGAAAGAAGAGAAACAGCGAGAAACACUUUUGGAGCAAAGAAGCCAAAACGCGCCAAGGUCUAUCGCGUCCAGGCAUUCAUCAGCAGCUUUGAUCAAAACUCUGGGCGAAUCACAGGACUUUUUCGAAGAAAUGUUCAACGAGCCCAAAUUUCUGACGCUCUCCAGUCAGAUGUUGUUAGGCAACGGGUUUGUUUCGAGCUCCACAGGUAAUGUAAGAAUCGACAAUGUUCAUCAAAAUGGCGGUUUCAUCGUGCUUAGAAACGGAAGUUUCGACCAGAAUGAAGAAAUCGGUUUUUUUAUUCUGCAGCAGAAACUGAACGGAAAGGUCAUCGCGUCAUUUCGGUUCCCUCAGAGAGCAAAACUGAAGGCAGGUUCAAAGAUCAAUAUCUGGGCAUCUUCAGCUCCUGAAGGGAGAAAUUGUCCUCCGUCUGACUAUAUAUGGAAGGACCAAUACAAAUGCGUGUAUGGACUAGAAUGCAUAACAGUGCUCUGUAAGCCGAACGGUCAGGCAGUCGCGUGGUACUGCGGUCAGCAUCACUAUGAUGGGAAUCUCCCAGAAUUGAACGACCUGGAAAUGCUGAGACGCCAGAGUCGGUUGAUUCCGAUGGUCGAAACUCAAAUCGGCGAGUCGCAGAGGAAACUGCGGGAGUUCGUUCGUCGCGAGAAGACUGAACCGAGGCUCGCGACGAGUUAUGACGUCAGGAAGCAUCCACACGGGUUGCACUUUCACGUUCCUUCGCACCCGAGUAGUGACCAAUUCCGAGAGAAAGUUCUCGGUAACGACCAGACGAGCUUGAUGCGACAUAUUCGGUUGUCCCGUACUCCAGAUACGGUUCCGGAAUUAUAUACAGGAGGAGCAAGGACAGGAGUUAAGGCACUCUACAGGGCCUGGGAGGGAACUCCAACUUUGGUUCCUAUGAAGAGCAGCGCCGGAAUGAUCCGGAAAAUUAGCUCUGCUCAAAUCGCGCAAUGAAAAUACACUAAAACUGCACAAAAAUCAAAUUUCUUAUCUUCUAAACUCUGGCUCUAAACAACUCUUUCGCUUUAUAUAGUCUAUAUUUUUUAUUAGAAAUUACUAAACUAUUUCUUUAGAAGUAUAUUACAUCGAUUGA